CAACGGGUAUUCCGAUGUCCGAAGCCGAACUACGAAUCACGCAUUACGAUUUCAUAACUCAUUAAUUUGUCCACUGUCCUUCUGCCAAUCGUUUAUUCGUUUCUCAAGCCAUCCGAAAUCAAACUGUCAUCAUGGUUGCUCAGAAAAUUUGGUCUUUGAUGCUGGUCGGGCUGUUAAUCGCAUCUUCCGCCAAUGCUGGACCGAUCGCAGCUGGAAUUUGCUAUGCUGGAUGUGCUGGUGUGACGGUUGCAUGCUUCGCUGCCGCCGGAUUUACGUUUGGCACUGUCCCUGGAGCAGUGAUUGCUGCUACACCCGCGUUAGCUGCGUGCAAUGCAGCAUUUGGGAUUUGUGAAGCAAGCUGUAUCGCAGCAUUAGUUGUACCUGUACCGUAAGGCUUAAAGCCUAAAAAAUAUUUUCUUUUCAACAGCUCAUGUACUUAACAAACUUUUUUUUAAAUGUAUACAUUUUUUUUUUUGUACGCAAAAGUUUUGCAUUAAAGUGUUGCCGUGUUGGUAAAUCAUCAAAUAACUAAAAUAAAUAUUUUUUUCAUAAUAAAUAGUAAUAAAUUGGCAUAAAUAAACUGCUUUGAUUAUCUUCAUUA